UGUUUUUACUCUUACCAUGGCUUUUUCACCAGCUUUGGUUACCAAACAAAAUAUCUUGAUACAUUGUACUGUUGAAACUGAUCAGUGAAAAUUGUGGACCUUAAUGGUGUUGAUUUGAAGAAUCAAAUUCACUUUUUAAAUUGUAAUUAUGAGUGAAGUAAACAGAAAUCGUUUAAAAGAGUUGGCUAAACGUCCAUACAACAAUUUAUGUGCUGAUUGUAAUCAUCCAAAUCCUGAUUGGGCUUCUGUUACAAUUGGUGUUUUUUUGUGCUCAGAAUGUGCUCGUAUUCAUCGUGGAUUAGGAUCACACAUUUCGUUUGUAAAAUCAUUUGAUUAUGACAAUUGGGACCAAGAAUUGUUAACCUUUAUGGAACAGUAUGGCAAUGAGUUAGCCAAGGAACACUAUGAGAAACAUGUACCUCCCUAUUACCGUCGACCUAACCGUGAUGAUCCAAAUGUACUCCGGGAACAGUGGAUUCGCGCUAAAUAUGAACGUAAAGAGUUUAUGCAUCAGGUUGACACUGUUUACAGUCGUGGUUAUAUGGAGGGAUUUUUGAUGAAGAAAGGUAAAAAGGACAAGAAACUUGAGAGAAGAAAAUUUGUAUUAUCUGAAGUUGAUCAGACAAUCAAAUAUUAUGUAAAAAGUAGCAGCAAAACACCUAAAGCAGUGAUUAACAUUCCUGAUUUAAAUGCAACCUUCUGUGAUCCGGCAAAGAUUAAAACAAUCAAAAGUCCAAAUGCUCUCCAAUUAACUUAUCUUAAAGAUGGUUACACAAGAAGUAUUUACGUAUACGCUGAUGACGGAAAGGAAAUUAUUGACUGGUACAUGGCAAUUAGAGCUGCUAAAUAUCAACAUCUUCAAAUAGCUUAUCCAAGUUGCCCGCCAAUUGAAUUAUUACCUCAUUUGACUCGAGACUUUCUCAAAGAAGGUUAUCUUUGGAAGACUGGUCCAAAAAUCGGAGACUCUUACAAGAAACGCUGGUUUACACUAGAUUAUCGUAAAUUAAUGUAUUUAGAAGAUCCAUUGGAUCCCUUUCCUAAAGGUGAAAUAUAUUUAGGUGAAAAAGGAAAACAAUUUGCAAUAUCAUCAGGCAUUCCAGCUCCAUUGAAGCAACACAUGUAUGGAUUUAUAAUGAAAACACCAGAAAGAACUUGGCUUUUCAGUGCAGAAACGGAAGAAGAGAGGAAACAAUGGAUAUCUGUUAUAUCAUCUGUUCUUGAAACACCCGAAUCCUCUCAAGAUUGUCAAGUUUACCUGAGAUAUAGUUUAAGAAAUUCACUCUCUUACACGAAAUCACGAAGCAGCACGGGAAGCCAUCGCAAUAGUGGUUCAAGUUUCACUGGAACAUUAAGAAAGGGUAAAAAUUUUUUAUCGUUUGGUUGAUCAACUAAACCUACCUAAAUAAUCAUCAUUUUAAAUCAUCAAUUCAUUAAAAAAUCAAAAUUAUUGUCAACUAAAAAAUAACAAAAACCCG